CUGAUAAAACCCUAACGCCGAGCACAGCGGAGGAAAGCAAAGUCCCCUUUCGCAGUGGUUGGCCUCCCGACCCCUAUCUUCUCCCCCACUAAUCCCCCCAUUCCCCUCGCCGCCGCCGCCGCCGCCGGCGUCCCCUGCCCAAGAUGAAUGUCGACAAGCUGAAGAAGAUGGCCGGUGCCGUGCGCACCGGGGGCAAGGGCAGCGUGCGCAGGAAGAAGAAGGCCGUUCACAAGACCACGACCACCGAUGACAAGAGGCUCCAAAGCACCUUGAAAAGAGUAGGAGUCAACACCAUUCCUGGUAUUGAAGAGGUCAACAUUUUCAAGGAUGAUGUAGUCAUCCAAUUUCAGAACCCGAAAGUGCAAGCAUCUAUUGCUGCAAACACAUGGGUUGUCAGUGGAACACCACAGACGAAAAAGCUGCAAGAUUUACUGCCGACAAUUAUCAACCAACUGGGCCCUGAUAACUUGGACAACCUGCGGAGGCUUGCCGAGCAGUUUCAGAAGCAGAUGCCUGGCGGUGAGGCUGGCGGCGCCAGCAUCGGUGCUGCCCAGGACGACGACGACGACGUUCCAGAGCUCGUCCCAGGAGAGACCUUUGAGGAGGCGGCAGAGGAGAAGAAGGAACCCGAGGCGAAGAAGGAAGCGGAGCCGGAGGAGAAGAAAGAGUCGUCGUCGUAAUCUUGUCACGCCAUUCAUUGUUGUGAAGGGUUCCUUGUUGGUUGAGGGUUGAUUGGCAUCUUAUUACUGUAUAUGCCGGAGACAUGGUCCUGUGAGAACUCUGGCCCGUCUUUCAUUUCUAGCGCCCCUCCGGUUGGUUUUGUCUCGGCCGUGGGUUCUGUCCGAACCACCGACGGCGGAACCGAGUUUGACGACAAUUAUCGUUUACCUUUCAAAUGUGUUUGAUAUGCACAGUUCCAGUGUUUGAUGGAUA